AUGGGUAUUCCCAAGUUUUUUAGAUGGAUAAGUGAACGGUAUCCCAUGUGCUCUCAGUUGAUCACAGACAAUGCAAUUCCUGAAUUCGACAACCUGUAUUUAGAUAUGAAUGGUAUCAUUCACAACUGUUCGCACAACAAUAAUGAAAGUGCCCACUUUCGCAUCACGGAGGAGCAGAUCUGGAUUGGCGUAUUCAAUUAUAUCGACCACCUGUUUUCCAAGAUCAAGCCCAAAAAGUUAUUUUUCCUAGCCAUUGACGGUGUUGCCCCUAGAGCCAAGAUGAAUCAGCAACGUUCCCGUCGUUUCCGUACUGCCAGAGAUGCUGAAGAAACAAGGCAAAAGGCCUUGUCCAAGGGAGAGGAGUUACCAGAGGAAGAUGCAUUCGACUCCAACUGUAUCACGCCUGGUACUGCCUUCAUGAAGAAGUUGACCGCUGAGUUACGUUAUUUCAUUUCGAAAAAAGUGUCUGAAGAUGCCAAUUGGAGAGGUGUCGAGAUUGUGCUGUCUGGUCCUGAGGUGCCUGGUGAGGGAGAACACAAAAUCAUGGAGUAUGUUCGUCUUGCCAAAGCUCAGCCUGAUUACGACCCCAAUGUGAGACACUGCCUCUAUGGUCUUGAUGCGGAUUUGGUCAUGCUGGGUCUGUUGAGUCAUGAUCCUCAUUUUGCCUUGUUGCGUGAAGAAGUGACGUUUGGAAAGCAGAGCCACAAGAGAAGCAAAACCUUGGACUCUCAGAACUUUUAUUUGAUGCACUUGUCACUCAUGCGAGAAUACCUGGACAUGGAAUUCAACUCUGUGAGUGAUAGACUGUCAUUCAAGUACGACUUUGAACGCGUGCUUGAUGAUUUCAUUCUGCUGGCCCUCUUUGUUGGUAAUGAUUUCUUGCCCAACUUGCCCAACCUGCACAUCAAUGAAGGCGCACUAGGACUCAUGUUUAGAAUCUACAAGGACGUACUUCCCACCUGUGAAGGCUACAUUCAAGAUGGUGGACGAGUGGACAUGAACAGGUUGCAAAAGAUCCUCGACGGCAUUUCUGAAGUGGUUGAAAAGGAGGCAUUCGAGAUAGAGGCUAUUGAUUCGCUGUAUCUUGCUGGCAAGCGUGAAAAUGGUCAGAAUGAACGUCAAAUCCUGCAUCAAUUGGAGAAGAAGAAGGCCAGAGAAGGCAAAUUUGUUAUUACUGAUAAACAGGAGCUCAUCUUUCGUGAAAUCAGCAACUAUCUGCUUAGCGACAAGCCUGGCAAGGGUCACACCUUUCAUUUUAAUGUGCCAUUCAAGGCACGCGACAAGAAGUUUGUAGACAAGCUUGCCAAGGACCUCAACAUGUCAUGCCACAUUGACUUUGAUCAAGAGGACAAUUCCACCUAUGUCGAAUUAUCGCUUGACUCUGACGACGAAUUGGACACUGAUGACGACUCUGAAGUAUCUGAAAUUGACGAGGAAGCCGUUGCUGCCAGAGACCGUGUGCUGAAAAAGUACGAAAACGCAGAAAUCAUCCCAGAGAGCAUGUCAAAAGAAGAUAUCGAACGCGAGGAAAAGGAGAAAUUCGAGGCUGGAUUGAAGCAGUGGAAGGCAGACUACUAUAUGGAGAAGAUGAACAUUGAUAUCAACGACGAAAAGCAAAUGAACGAUCUCGUAGGUUCGUACAUCAUUGGUAUCCAAUGGGUGCUCAAAUACUACUAUGAAGGCGUUGCUUCCUGGGGCUGGUUUUACCCCUACCACUACGCGCCCAAGAUUUCCGAUUUGAAGAACGUUGCUCGCUUCCAAGACCAUGAUUUUACCCUUGGACAACCAUUCAAGCCCUUUGAGCAAUUGAUGGGUGUGUUGCCUAGCUUGAGUCGAAAACUGUUACCUGCUGCCUAUCAAGAUUUGAUGACAGACAUGGCUUCCCCCAUCAUUGAUUUUUAUCCUCGCGAUUUUGACCUAGAUAUGAAUGGCAAGAAGCAAGACUGGGAAGCCAUUGUCAAGAUUCCCUUCAUCGACGAGAAGCGCCUCUUGGAUGCCAUGAAGAACCGUGAACAACGUCUCACCAAAGAAGAAGCCUCCAUGACCCGUCUUGGUACUAGUUACAAAUUUUCGUUUGAUGAAAACCUCGCCAAACUUGAUUCUGAGGACCUGCCUGUCUAUCCCAGUCCCUUGCCUGGUGUGUUCCCUGAUAUCCACAACUGUAUGGUGCGUGAAGAAGUGUACAGUUUACCUAAUCUCACGGAUGAGGAUUUGAAAUUAAGAAAGGGUCUUUUGCCUGGUGCCAAGGUGGGCAAGAAUGCUUUGGCUGGUUUCCCCUCUCUUCAGACUAUUCCCUACACGUUUGAGAUCAAGCAUCAUGGUGUCCAUGUCUUCCAGCAAGACAGUCGUAAUGAGUCUGUCGUCAUUAGCAUCAAGAAUAAGUAUCAACAUGCUGACAUUGAGGAGAUUGCCAAGCUAUUCCUUUACAGAAGCAUUUAUGUGCAUUACCCUUACUUGCAAGAAGCUGUGGUGAUUGGUGUAUCCAACGAAGAAAAGAAAUAUUAUGUCAAUUUCCACAAUGGAAAGAAGCAAAUUUUAGAGCACUUUUGGAACGACAAGGAGAAGGAGUCUUGGGCCAGUCGUAUGGGUCGCGCUGAAUACAUGCCUAGCAAGCGUUUUGCAUUGAUGGUUGGUGAUAUCGAGGUGGGCUUCCAUGUCUGUGUCUUGAAUGGUAUGCACCAAACUGAGGAUGGCGCCUUGGUCAAGGAGUUUGUCAAUCCCAGCAUGGAGGACCUGGUGCCUAUUCAAAUGGUUGUUAUCAAGGUUGCCAAUCCCGAUCCUCGCUUCAUCGAGAAACCUGCUCCUCCCAUUCAAGAGAGUUUCCCCUUAAAGUCAAACGUCUUCUUUUUGGGCAGCAAGUUCUUGGGUGCCCAAGCCACAGUGGUAGGCCAUAGCAAUGGCAAUGUCGAUAUUGAAAUGACCGUUCCUGUGCAAGACCAAUAUCAAAGUGAGCCCGAGUUUGGACACAAGUUUGCUCGUAAACAAGAAAAUGACAUUCGCUAUGAAUCUGGUCAUGAUGUGGCUCGUGAGCUGGGUAUCUCUCCUUUGUCUCUCUCCAAGCUCACAUCCUCUUUGACUGUGAAUGAGAAAUCUGGCCAGCGUAUCAAUGUCGGCUUGAAUCUUAAGUUUGAGAGCAGAGGUGAAAAGGUGCUUGGUUUUACUCGCAAGCAUCCCAAUGGCUAUUGGGAGUAUUCUACUGCUGCAGUCGCUUUGAUUCGUGAAUACUGUGAAAAGUUCCCUGAAUUUGUGCAACUCCUCAUGAAGCAAAAGGGUGGUGGCAUGUUGAACGUCGCUGAUUUUGGCUGGACUACUGAGGGCUCCAAGGCUUUGCAUAAAAUGAAGGACUGGAUCAAGAGCAAGAAACUGGAUGCAUUGACGCGUGCUAGUUUCGAGACGGAAGAGCUGGAGGAUGCUUACUGUCAUGACAUUGAAAAAGCAGCUGUCAAGUACCAUGAAAAGUAUGAGAAUCUUGAUUUCAAGAAGGUGGUGAUUCGUGGUGUUCCUCGCAAAGUAUUGCUCAGACCUGCGGAUGCUGAGGUUCGCUUGAACUAUCAAAGCUUUGCUUUGGGUGAUCGAGUUAUCUAUGUGUGUGAUUCUGGUUCUGUGCCCAUGGCCAACAAGGGUACUGUCGUUGGUGUGCAAGAAAAGGUGGUCGACGUUGUUUUCGACACUACAUUCAUGAGUGGCACUACGCUGAGUGGCAGAUGCUCUGAAUAUAGAGGCGCCACUUUGCCAUACUGGAAUCUUAUCAAUAUUAGUAACCCAUCUCAUCAAAACACAUCAAGAGAGAGCACAUCUAGUUCUACAAGAGGAAACCAUAGCAACAACAGCAAUAAUGGUAAACACAGGAAUUAUGACAAUGAUAAUGGCAAUGAAUCGCAUCGUGGAGGUCGUGGCGGUCAUCGAGGAGGAGGAAGGGGUGGUCGUGGUCGUGGCAGAGGUAGAGGAGGAAGAGGUGGCAACUCUGAAAACCGUUCUCCCUUUUAA